GAAUAGGCAGUAUAGAGUAAGGUUUCUUGAAGUUAUUUCAUGUUUGUUUAUGCAAGUAAUUAUUUCGCGUUUUUUGACACGCGCCUUUCAUUAACUAACAGUAAGGCAGUAAGGCAGUGUGAAAAGAGAAUUGCCCAUUUCGUUAUUUCCGUUUUUUGUUACUUCACUGAAAAAUAGUUUACUCUAUUCCUACAGGCUUACUAUAUUGUGCUCAGGCCCUUACUGCCACGUGAAUUGCCGCUACGUUGUAUCACGUUGUAUGGUACUACGUGACUACAUAAAGUAGAAGAUUGUUUAUCUCUUGCCAUCAGAUUUUCUGUUCGUCAAAGUUUUCAUAAUAUUGAUGACAAAUUGAGCUAUACGUGUUUUCAAAAUGUCGUCAAUCAGUGUAGAUAAGUGGACAAUAGAAUAUUACAUUGCAAAUCAGAUAUCCUGUCAGCAAAUGUUAAAAGACCCAGAUGUUUGGAAACAAAUACCUUUAUUAAAUUCUGCUCCAAUUUGCAAUUUCAAAGAUAAACAAUUGGUCAGAUUUCAGGGAAUGAUUCAGGAUAUGUACGAUCCUGAAUAUUAUCUUGAACAAUAUGAAGUGAAAAAUACCACGACUGGAGAGAGUGAUAUUAGAUGCGGACUAUAUAUUGACGUAGCUCAUUGUUUGCCACAUGAAGAAGUAUGUUUUGAGUCUGACAAAAAUAAAUACUCAAUGAGGAAUAUCUAUGUUGUAAUCACUACACCUGGUUUAAAUAACUGGGCAAGGGAGGAAGAAAUUACUAGCACACAUAUAAGUGAAAUAACUAUUCAAAAUGACAAUGUCUGUAAAAGAAGUUCGAAUAAUACUGAUUCAGAAAAAAUAGAUUGUUCUGAGUCUUUCACAAAAGAAGUUACAAUGAAUGAUAUUAAUGAAAGCACAAACGAUGAUUAUGAACAAAAUGAUGAUUAUGAAGACAGAUGUCUGGCUAUAUUCUUAGAUCCAGAGUCCACUUUAUCUUUUCCUUUUAAAUGUAAUGAUAAUAAACCAUUGCACGCUUGCAUAGUAAAGAUUUAUGGUGAGUUACCUUUGAAACUGAACAAAGAGAUUGAUAUAAUAGGAUUUGUCUCAUUAGAUCCUAAGUUUGGUACAUUUCACUUUCCCAAUGAUGAGGCGAGUGGUUGUUCCAGCCAGACAAAUGAAGAAAGAAUUGAAUCAUUUUCCAAAGUGCCUAAAUUACACGCAAUAAAAGUAAUUGAGCCUACAAAAGAACCAAUUGUAUAUCUAGAAAUCGUUCCUAAAGUUCAGCUCAUCAAAAAUGAUUUACACUUAUUAUUAAGUCAGUUGCUGUUCGGAGAUCAUAUAGCCGCGGAAUAUGUAAUGUAUAACUUGAUUUCCUCAAUAUAUUACAGAGAGGAUAUCACAGAGAGGUUUUGUCUUGGCGCAUUUCCGGUGAACAUAACGAAUAUUUCUGUCAGCAAACAUAGAACGUUUCCUAGAGAGUUUUAUGAAUUUUUAACACAACUUGUAAAAAAAAGCUAUUUUUUGGACCUAACUUUGGAAAAUUUGAACCUGUUAAAUAUGAUUCCAAAAAAGACUUACGAAGAUCACAACUGGCUAGAAAGCGGUAUUCUUCAACUGAGUGAUCAUACACAUCUUGUGAUAAAUGAGACCAGAUUAACUUUCGGAAAAAUCAGACAGAAAGGCAUAAACAAUUAUAAAGCUCUUGUUGACCUAGGUAGAUACCAAAAAUUAACAUACGAUAUAAAAUAUUGUACAGUGGAACACGAAACGGACAUUCCAAUCUUGAUUUUUUCUGAAGAAAAAUCAUUUAUUCCCUCUAUUCAAGUUCGUUUAAAUGACGAAGAGUCGGAAAAUAUGUACGAUAAUAUAUUUGAAGCUGCAUAUGAAUAUAUAAAGGAUGAGACCCGAUUGAUAAAUAUUCGUCAAUACUUGGAAGCGCUAAAACACACGGGAAAAGUUGUUCUCUCUAAAGAAGCUCAAAAGAUGGCUGAAGAAGAAUGUCUAGAGAUUAGAAAUAGGAAGUAUAGAUCUCGGCACGAAUUUGACUUGGUAAUGGUUCUAGCUAGAUCGAUGGCCAUAUGUUGUGGAAAAAUGGAAAUAGAUGAAGAAAUCUGGAGGGAUACUUUAAAAUUAGAAAAAGAGAGAAGGGAAAGAUUGUUAAUAUAUGCGCAAAGAUAAUAUAUGCGCAAUAA